AUGGAAACUGUACCAAACAGAAAAAAGGUAAAACUCUUGAGAAAUUUGAUGGCCUGACCUGUAACUGUAAGAUCAAAAUUAAAGAACUUAGUUACUCUUUUCGCAGUUCGGCAGUUGUUAAUUUUGACUUUAUGAAUUAUGGCGUUUUGUACAUGUAAACAGUAAAAGCAAAUUCAAAUAAUGCACAAACAAAACAACUGAACUGCCUGGAAUCUAGCAAUUAGCUAUAUUCACAGGCCAACUAGGAUUAUGAAAAAGAAUACAUGUACUGAUGAAGUUUUUCAAUUCUAUAUUUUAUUAUUUAUUUAUUCCAGUAUCACUGUGUGUUGUGUGUAAGCAACAAUAUGAUGGUGGACAUAGCUGUACUUCUUGUAAAAACCCAUGUCACACAUUCUGUGGUGAACCAGUUGGCAAGGAAGGAUUUGGAAAACCUGUAUUAUGCUUUAAUUGCAAAGAUAUGAGUAUGUUAAACAGUACACUUGAAAAUUAGUAUAUAAUACUAUUUUACUAUUUUAUUUAAUAUAUGUUUAAUUUAUUACUAACAAGUAACAUGCAAAUAACAUAGUUAAGUUUAGGUCCUGCCGUUUAUAGUUAAUGUUUCAAUAAUAUUUGCAUUGUGGUUACAGUAGUAUAAGUGUAAUGGUUACGUUCUGCCACCCCGAGGGCCGAGGCCAGUGAAAUUACCGUAUACCAGUAGCCAAAUAGGCAGUAAUCAGGUGUUAUAACUGUAUAUGUAUAACUUUAGGCCAGCCAAAAAUGCCUCUGCAGAGGAGAGUGGGUUUGCGCUGUUGCGUAUUCCCUGAAUUGAGGCUAUUAAAAUAAACUACAGUAAAAUAAAUAUAACAUUUUUAUAGACCCAAAUCUUGUUGAUCUUGAGGCCAAUAAGGGAAAUGUUACCUUCACGAAUGUGAAGACAACUAAAGCAAGGAAUAAACAAAGUGAAACGUCAGUCAGUAUUUUCUCGGUCAUGAUGAAGAAUAGAGAUAAAACAGUUUCAUCUAAAAAUCCAGUAAAACGAAAAAAGUCUGGUCACCAAAAAACUACAGGUGCAGUUUGUUUGGCCUGCUAUAACUUAUACAAAACACAACCACAAUGGAAGAAAAAGUUUUGUUUUACCCGUUACAACGAAUCAUCCAUGAAAGAGCACAUGAAAACGCACAGAGACGUAAGUAUUGACAACUACUCGAAUUAUUUUGUUGCUGAAGACAACCCUAAAGCUGGUGAAGCCGUGAAAGCAAACAAAUCAAAAGAUCAAUCAUUGUUGAAAUCAUCAGUUCAAGUGCAAGUACGUAUACGGCUACGCAUUCAAUGAAAAAUUGUUUCAAAAUCAACCGUACAUGAGACUGAUGAGAGUAGAAAACCAGAUGACCAAGCUGACCUCAGACCUACCACAAACUGCCCAGAUGAAGUCCCUGCUACUUCACAUGUUUCUAUGGAUACAAGAGAUAAACAAGCUGCAAUUGAAAGUCAAAGGUGCGAGAUUUAAUAGUGAGCAAUUAAACUUCUAUUUAUUUAGACUUAGAAGGCGACAUUUUUAGUAUAAUUUGUAUGUGGAAGCAGCCAUAUAUACUCACAUAUGCGUAACGCAUAUGUAUACCUGCAUCUAAAUAAAACGCAGCGUCAGCGAAGUGCCAAAGUCUAGAUAGUUACACUAUAGUAAAAUAUAAGUUGGUGUACUACCAAACAAAAUUAUAGUUUUAUCAGCAGCCUGCAAAAGGAGUGAAAAUUAUUCAAACAGUUUCCACUUGCAAUCUGAAAAAUAUUAUUUGUUCCAAAAAUAGCGCUCCUGGUGAGUUAACACAUGCAGAGAGUGCUCCAUCUGAAACCACAGCUGAAAAACGAAAAGUAACAAGGUAAGCUGAUGAAGUUUUUUACUGACAAAAGUGAUGAACAAUUCUAUACUUUCCUGUUGCCCGCAGGCGACCUAUUAUCAUUUGAAUUUCGCUGAAACAAACCUACAGUAUUUACAGUCAAACAAAUGGUUUUACAAUUUUAGUAUUUCAGUUGAAGACCAUGAAAACAAUGUUGAUUGGCCGAGUACAAAGCUACCAAAGAUGAGUUCGUCAUUAAACAGUGCUCAGGCGUCCAUCACUAACUUUCUUCUUUCUGAUCCGAGUGCCAUACAAGAAUCGGGUGUAAACCUUUUAAGUAAAAAAAAUUUAGAUUAUAUAGUGGACAGAAUCUCUGGACGCAUAAUAGGAAGUUCCAAGCACUCAAGUCAGUCCAGUGGUUCCACAUGCACCAACUUGCCUUCAUGCACCAACUUGACCUCGUUUUUGGAAUCAGAAUCUCAUGAUUACGAACUAAUUUCAGGGGGCGAAGUCCAUGACAUAAGAUGUAACACUUGCUUCACUUAUAUUAAUGAUCCAGUCGCAUUGUCGGAAUUACCGAGAAAACCUUCUUUUGCUCUUGGUACAUCACUAAUAUCCGGUCUUGUAAUUAGCAACAACGACUACAAAUUAUAUUGCAAUGGUGGAUGCCAAAAGUGGUAUAACUUCAAAAGCAGAUUGCUGAAUUAUAUCAUCGAUGCUUCACAGACAUUGUGGUGGUUUUUCGCAACAGUGCCAUUGUUCGAUACCAUAUUCGUGUGUAGAAGUAUCUACUGA